GGGAGGGGCAGACAAAGGAGGAAGAAGGGAGAGGGGAGGGGGAAGAAGAAAUAGGGGAGGAUUGGAGGGGAAUAUGGAACCGUAUUUGUGAGUCCGCUCAUAACCUUCGGUGCUAAAGUUAUUUUAGGCAUUGGGUUCUACAAAGGACUUUUCUAAGCCGUAGCAUCCUUUCAGGCCACGGGCCGCCGAAGAGCACACGGGCCUGCUGCGAUCCGCUAAACCAACGUUCACUUCUGGUGUUCGCGAGAGCCUGAGUCCAUCUCUUCCGGGACCCUAGUUUCCGACCGGUCUCUUCAGGCGGCAGGACGUGGCGGCGGCUCUUUCGCAGGAGCCGGGGCCGGUGCUUUUUCCCCGGUGGCACCAGCGGAGGAGGGCGGAAGAAGCCCUAGAGAUCCGGGGCUCGGAAGAGGGAGAGGUUGCAGAAGCAGUUCCCGUGAGUCUGUGCGGCUGCCGACCAUGGAGCGGGCCCAGCAGCGGCUCUCUCAGGCGAUACAUGGUCAUGGAAGCUAUGACUCUGAUUUUAGUGAUGAAGAGCACAGUGAAGAACCUAAAAAGAGAAAAAGGACAAUUAAUGAAGAUGACUCAUUGCUUAAAAAGCCAUUUCAGAAAGAAAAAUAUACAAAAGUGGCUCACAGACAUGUUGCAGCAGAGGAACUGGAUCGGGAAGAAGCAAGAAAUAGAAGGUUUCACCUGAUAGCUAUGAAUGCUUAUGAAAGACAUAAGAAGUUGGUGAAUGAUUAUAUUUUAUAUUAUGGUGGUAAAAAAGAAGAUUUCAGACGUUCAGGGGAAAAUGAUAAGACAGACUUGGAUGUUAUAAGAGAAAAUCAUAGGUUCCUGUGGAAUGAAGAAGAUGAAAUGGAUAUGACUUGGGAGAAGAAGCUUGCAAAGAAGUACUAUGAUAAAUUAUUUAAAGAAUACUGCAUAGCAGAUCUCAGUAGAUACAAAGAUAACCAGUUUGGAUUUCGAUGGCGAGUAGAAAGAGAAGUAAUUUCAGGAAAAGGUCAGUUUUUCUGUGGAAAUAAGCGAUGUGAUGAAAAAGAAGGAUUAAAGAGUUGGGAAGUGAAUUUUGGCUACAUUGAACAUGGUGAAAAAAGAAAUGCACUUGUGAAAUUAAGAUUAUGCCAAGAAUGUUCCUUUCGACUAAAUUUUCACCACAGGAGAAAAGAAGUCAAACCCAAAAAGUUAAUGAAUAGAACUGAAGAAGAUUCUGAAGAAUCAUCACAUAAAAAAUCCAAAUUAUCUUCUUCAAAACUGCAAUCUUCCAAGAAAAAGAAGGGGAAAGAACAUUCACUGUCAGAGAAAUCAGAAGGGUCAGAUAAUGAAAAUUGUGAUGAGGAAGAAAGUACUUCAGAAGCAGACCUAUGGAAGGGUCCUCAGCAGGAAACAGAUGAAAAAUCACAGGAAGAAGAGUUUGAUGAAUAUUUUCAAGAUUUAUUUCUGUGAAAUAUUAAGGAAAUAUUAAGCCUUUAUUCCUUAAUUUGAACAUUUUCUUUGUAUCUCUUUUUUAAUUGAUUGUUUUUAUGUUUUCUCUAUUAAGUUGAAACUUGAAAAGUUUCUCUUUAGAAAUAACCAAACAUCAAGCAAAUCUGAUAGUAAUGAGCUUUAUAAGAUAUAUGAUUUCUAUUACUGAAUGUGUUCAGCCAAACCUAUAGACCCAAUUACUUCUAUAGAGCUUUAAAUCACUUGGCUACACAAAGUCAGUUGCAUCUUUGGACUUUCUCAAGAAAGAUGAAAUAUGGUUUUAUUUUAUCCUUAUUCACAAAGAAAUACUAUCCACCUGUUAGGAAAAAAUCUUCCUGCAUUACUUUCCCCCGCAGAUUUCUUCCUCAUGUCCAGCUCAUAUUUGACCAUAGAAGAUAAUUCUUGUCUUAUAGCUACUUCCCUAUAAUAAUAUGAAAACCAUUUGAAAGAAAUCUUCGAGUUAAGAUUGCAAGAUGGAGAGAACCACAAGAAGCCUACUGAUCUCCUUGCCUCUGUUCUUUUCCACAUACUCCUAAAUGGAAUUUGUUAGGGAACAGAGGAGCCAGAUUGGUUCUGAACACUGCAAAGCCUCUACUUGAGAUGAGGGAAGAGAAGUGUGAGGUAGGAUUUGGGAAGAGAUAUUGAUUGACAAGGUAGGCCUCCUAUUGUUAAAUUUAAAGAGAAUUAUCCCUAAAAAAUCAAUUUGAUUCUGUGUUUUAUUCCUUACUGUUAGCAUGUUCUUUGUUUAAGUUGCUACUUGGAAGUUAGGCACUUUCUGAAAUAUGUUAUAAGUAAAGUCCUUCUGUAGGGAAUAUGAUUAUAGUGAAGUUUAUGGACCAUUGGCUGGAGAGCUGAAAAACACGAGUUCAUGUCUUGCUUUUUGAUCCCAGGCAAAUCAUCCAAGUUCUCAGUGUCCGUAGACAAAACUAUGAGACUUGAAGGAAUUUGCAGGAACAUGCAAACCAGGCAAAAUUGCAGAGAAGCAAAGGAGAUGAGCUUUGGAAUGUUGGUGAGGGAGAAUUCUAGAAGGCAACGGAAUCUAAGGGAACCGAUUGGAAACCUAGAGGCUUUUGGGAGCUGGAACUCUGGUGGGAGUCAGCCCUGGACCUUUUCUCCUGAUCUAGGCAGCUUUUUCUAUCCCCAAAGUGCUUCCUGAGAAAGACUUGUUGAAUUCCUGUUCCUAAAUACCUGGAAAUCUCUACCUGUGUGGACUCUAUCAAGAAGCAGUUUACCUGAGGGGCUUGCCCAGAGGGGAGACUGAACAGAGCCAGCAGGAGUUCCCACUCCUUGAUCUGCUAAUAGCCAAGAGACUUGAUCCAUUGAUUUAGCCUAGGGUUAGCUAUUGUCAGGGAACAUUUAGAUCAGAUGGGAUUUUCCACGGUUGCCUUGGCUAAGGCCGAAGGCUGAACUUUAUUACUCUUUGUGGCUUAUCAGCCAGGGCUCCUCCAUCCUUUUCCCUUACCUACCCUUGUUACCCUUUUAAAUAAAUCUUGAAACUCGAGAGAAGCAGUCAGAUCUAACUAUUAGGAUAUAAGAAGGGACCAGUUGGAGGGGUUUGGGGGAGAGAGGGUCUACAUUUGAUUGAGCUAGGCCAAGUCUCAAUCACCUGCCAUUCCCUCUCUUCCAAACAAGUCUGUCAGAAGAAAUUCACCUCAGGAAGUUAGGUGAAGCCAGAUUCCUAGCAAACCAUCAUUCUUCUCUCCUUGAGGUGUUGUUUCUCUCUGGCACAGUUGCUGUGUAACCCCUUAUCAUACAAACUAAGCUGAUCCAGCUUAGGGGGCCCAAAAAAGGUACUUGUUCCCUAAGUUUUAUAGAAGUUACCCUGCAAGACCAAGUCAAGAAAAACAUUCUUGGUCACCAGUUAUAUCCUGCAGGGCUUCUUGGUGCACCUUUUAACUGCUCACAAAAGAGGAGCAGAGUGAGACAUCCAUUUUGAUCCCUGUCUUGAAGGAAGGCAUCCUGUUAGGUCAAGUCACGUUAAACCCUGACCACCUAUUACAUCCAUCUUUCAGGGACUUCCCAAUUUACUUUUUACAGACUCUCUCAUCUUAUAGAGCAGAUAUCAAUCUGCAUCAGUAGAAGGUUUCCCUGGGCAAGUGAAAGCACAGGUCCAGACCAUCACCUUAAUAGAAGGCGUUAUAAGAAACUGUGGGAAUGGUUGUAGUAAGUGUUUUUGUUGGUUUGGUUAAUUGCCUACAAAAAAAUAUCCCACUACAAAAAUGCUUUCUAUGAUUUCUAUCCAUGAAAUAGUGACUUUCUAUAAAAGUUGUUAGUUUUAUUCUGUUUAUGGGGAAGAAGAAAAGAGAAGUAAGCAGUUAUUCCCAGUCCCUCUUUCCCCUCCUACCUAAAUUCCUGGACCAUUUACAUCAAUAAAAUAUCACACAAAAAUGUUUUACAAGCUUGGAGGUGGGAUUAAAAAGGUUUGAAUGGCUCUCUUCACUUAGUAAUUCACUUCAGAAAAUCAGAAGCUAUAUUUCAUCCCUUACUUCUUUGUAAGAGUAUGAUUUAUAGUACUAUAAUCAUAGCAAUAUUGCUGCAUGUUACACAGUCUGGUUUAUUUACCAAGUGCUUUUGUCACAAAAAUCCUAUGACAAGUAGUAAUGUUUACAACACGAUUCCACUACAACUACUAAAAUAUAUAUAACACGAUUCCACUACAGCUACUAAAAUAUCUUAUAUAUUUUACCAAUUCAGACUGGUUUUCUCCUGUGGUAGUUACUCUAAAUUAUAGAAGUUUUAUUUAGGAAAAAUUAGGAAGUCAGUGAAAUUUGUCUUCUCUACUCCAUCAUGAUUAUACUUUUCAUAACUCAUUAUGCCAUUAUUUUGGUAUCCUCUUUUAGGUACCUACUUCUAUCCAGUCAGGGGGCAUGUCUGGCACUCUUUCACUUUAGGCUUAUCUUUUCUUGACUGGCAUCCUCACUAUGUUUUUCCUCAUUUAGUACUCCAAGUAGAAUUUGUUAUUAUGGGCCGCUGGGCCCUAUGUACAAAAUUAUUGUAUAUGUCAGACACUAAUAAUCUUGGUCUUGGAGAGUUUGUGUGCUUUCCAAACUGUUUGCCUUUGAGAAAACCUACAUCAGUUUUUAAAGACUUUUUAAAAUAGAGCUGAUUGAUUAUAAUAUUAAAACAUAAAAUUUGUAAUUAAACUUUUUUAAUGUUUUCUAUAGAUAUUUAUUUAAUUAUCAGGUUUGGUGUAUUUUAGGUACUGUGGAGAACAACAUGGAUUAUGCAAUUGGUUCUAUGCCAUUAGGAAGAAGUAAAUAGUCCAUUCCUGGGUUUGUUACUAUAGCAUGUAACCUACAUUGUGUUAAAUGAAUUCUCUACUCAAGUUACCAUUAGCAUAUUGUUUUUAAAGAAAUUGUGUCCUAAUGAUUAAAAAGAAUGUGAUUUUUGAGGAUGAAAAGGAUUUGAUAUUUUUGUAAACCAGAGAAUAAGGUAGAAAUAGUUACACAUACAAUAAAGACAUUUUAAUUAAA